AUGGUAGAUGAUGAUUGGGCUACACAGAGGCCAUUGAAUCCCUUGUGUACUGAACUUACAGUAAUAGCCGAAGAGGGACAGGUGACUGGAACUGAAACUGAAACUGCAGCAACUAUUGAUUGGAAUGUAGUUGAAUUAGAUGAGCCUACUGAUUUGGUCAUUGCACCAAUGCCUGACAUUGAGAUGGCCAAACUUUUUGGCAUUCCAGUCGAUGACAGAGAUAAGCAGGAGAGGGGCGAAUCUAGUUUGCCUGCUAAUGCUGAUGAAGAAGUAGAUGGACAGUUGAUGGGACAAGCUGCAGAUGAAGUAGAUGAUGCACAUGAUGAUGAGCUGGUGCAUGUGUAUGACAAAGAAAACCCUGUCAUUGAAGUAGGCAAGUUGUUCCCAAGCAUGAAGGAGUUUAGGAUGUGUUUCAAGACUAAUGCAGUGAAACAUGAGUUUGAUGCCAAGACUGUUUGGACUGAUAGAAAGAAGUUUUAUGCGAGGUGUGGAGGAUUUGAUGGUAGUGUGAAGCCUUGCAAGUGGUACAUAUCUGCUAGACUGCAACCUGAUGGAAAAAAGAUCACCCCAAUUUUAGCCAAAACACCAAACACUACUGCCAAGAAACUCAAAGUAGACUUGGAAAAGAUGUACCCCAUUAAACUGAAAUAUACCACAGUGUGGAAGGCAAAACAAAGGGCAAUGAAAAAUUUAUAUGGUGAUUGGGCAAAUACAUUUAGGAUGCUUUACAACUUCAAAGCAGAGGUGGAAAAGAGGUCACCUGGCAGUGUUGUGGAGAUAGAUACAGAGGUAUCAGCCGAAGGUGAAGUCAAGUUCUCCAAGUUUUUUAUGGCUUUGAAGCCUUGCAUCGAUGGGUUCAAAACAGGGUGCCGUCCAUAUUUGAGCAUAGACUCAUCAUUUUUGACAGGCAAGUGGAAUGGUCAGUUGGCAGCAUGCAAUGCUCUAGAUGGACACAACUGGAUGUUUCCUAUUGCUGUUGGCUUGUUUCAGUCAGAAACAGAGGCUUCAUGGGGACAUGGUUCAUGA